GUAAUAACCUUUAUUGACUUGGCUGGUCACGAACGAUACCUAAAAACAACAGUCUAUGGUCUAACUGGAUUCGCACCCGACUUCGUGAUGCUUAUGAUUGGUGCAAAUGCUGGUAUAAUCGGAAUGACCAAGGAGCAUCUGGGAUUGGCUCUUGCCCUCUCUGUGCCUGUCUUUGUGGUUGUCACCAAAAUUGAUAUGUGUCCGCCCAAUAUCUUGAGCGAGACCCUAAAUCUACUCUUUCGUAUCUUGAAGUCUCCUGGUUGCAGAAAAAUACCUCUAUUAGUUUCUUCUCAGGACGACGUCGUUUGUAGUGCAAUUAACUUUACUUCAGAACGAAUGUGUCCCGUUUUCCUAAUAUCAAACGUCACGGGGGCAAACUUAGAGUACCUGAAAUCUUUCCUGAAUCUCUUAUCUGCGCCAGCUCCUGCUGAUUUUCAAGCAACACCACUAACUCCAAGCCCUGAGAGUUCAUCUGAUCCAAAUGUUAACUACAGAUUGGAUUUACCAGCUUCCUUUCAAAUCGACGAGCUGUUCACAGUUCAAGGUGUUGGAUCCAUAGUUUCCGGAACAUGUAUGAGUGGAAUAAUCAAGGUAAACGAUACCUUGCAUUUAGGACCUGAUACUACUGGUCGAUUCUUCCAAGUCCUUGUAAAGAGUAUUCACAGAAAGCGCCUACCUGUUAAUAGCGUUCGCGCUGGACAAACAGCAUCAUUUUCACUCAAGAGACCUAAACAUUUCAAUGAACUCCGACGAGGGAUGGUUCUUUUGGAUAAAGGCAUGGAUCUCACCUGUUGUAUGCAUUUCACUGCGACUGUAUUAGUUCUCCAUCACCCUACCACGAUAAGUGUAGGUUAUCAAGCGAUGGUUCAUGCUGGACCUAUUCGACAGACGGCUACAAUCCUUAGUAUAGGAGCUGGAAGUGGCGAGGAGCGUCUUAGAACUGGAGAUAAAGCUGAAGUCCACUUUGCUUUCAUCAGUCAUCCUGAGUACCUUCGACCAGGUGUUCGUUUAAUUUUCCGUGAAGGCAAAACCAAGGCAGUUGGUACAGUGAAUAAAAUAGUGCCCUACCAACCCGUGCUCACCAAACCUACUGGAAAUAGAUCGAGGAGAACUCAGAAGGCACCAAGUAGACAACCUGUCGCCCUUCCUGUCGUGAAUGAGACAAAGGUUGAGGAGAAGAAGUGA